AUUCCUUCUUCCACCGCCAUACUGUAUUUUGUAGUAACUCGCAUUUUUAUUCCUUCCUUUUACUCCCGCUCGGGCUGAAGUCAAGCAAGCCAACCAUGACCGGCAAAACACAGACCAGUAAUGUCACCAAUAAGAAUGACCCCAAAUCCAUCAACUCCAGAGUCUUCAUUGGCAAUCUCAAUACAGCCAUUGUCAAUAAAGGUGACAUAGAGGCGAUCUUUGCAAAGUAUGGAAAAAUAGUUGGCUGCUCGGUGCACAAAGGUUAUGCAUUUGUACAGUAUAUGAGCGAGAGGCAUGCGAGGGCAGCUGUGGCAGGAGAGAAUGCCAGGAUCAUUGCAGGACAACCUCUUGACAUCAACAUGGCAGGAGAGCCAAAACCAUACAGACCUAAGCCAGGAAACAAGCGGCCACUUUCAGCUCUCUACAGACUUGAAUCAAAGGAGCCUUUCCCGUCUGUUGGUGGCUACGUCUUUGAUUAUGACUACUACAGAGACGAUUUCUACAAUCGGUUGUUUGAUUACCAUAGUCGGGUCCCUGCCCCACCUCGCACAGUUAUUCCAUUAAAACGCCCACGUGUAACAGUCACAGCAACACGCAGAGGAAAGGGAGUAUUUUCCUUGAAAGGGGGAUCAAGAUCUACAUCAAGUGGAACUUCAUCAUCAGGAUCAAAAUUGAAAUCAGAUGAGUUACAAACAAUCAAGAAGGAAUUAACUCAAAUCAAAACAAAAAUUGACUCUUUGCUAGGGAGACUGGAGAAGAUUGAAAAGCAGCAGAAGGCUGAAGCAGAAGCCCAAAAGAAACAAAUAGAAGACUGUGCAGAGUUGAUCCAAGAGGAAAGUAUAUCAGAGAAUGCUGACAACUCCACAGAAGAUCCAAUUGAAGGAGGGCUAGAUGCAGAUGGGGAUGGAGAAGAGAUGACUGAUGGCAUAGAGGAGGAUUUUGACGAAGAUGGGAGCAACGAGCUAUUUCUGCAGAUCAAAUGAAUUGGGAAUCACAUCCAGUACCUUUGGAAACU